AUGAGUGAAUUGCAUGUUGGAACACCGGAAGCGCUGCUACAGAGAGAGCGCCAACCGAGAACCGGACGACGAGAGCGUCUGCAAAAGAGCGUUCGAUCGUUGCGGCCCGAGAAAAACACACUGUGCCCCGUAGCCCGCCGCCGUCAGCCGUGGGUUAGAGAGCAUGGGACGGCUGCCAUCGUCUCGUCGUUGUCGUCCCUUCCUGGCCCCCACGCUUUCCCUACUAGUCGCUUCCCCACAACUCCCCAUCGGAAUGCUUCCAUUUGCUUGAUAAUGCUUUUUAUGUGUAAAAUUAAGGCUGUUGAUGUGUUUGGGAUGAAUUAUUAA